UAAAAAAAUUCAUGCAAAAGACAGUGAUAUUGGAAAAAAGCAACAAAACUUCAAGUGCAGUUUGUGUAACUACGAAAAUUCUAUAAAAUCCAAUUUAAUUCUUCAUUUCGAAGAAUAUCAUGCCAUUAAAAUAGAGCAACAAGAUCUUCACUUUUCUAGUGAACUAGAAUUUCAAAAAUGGAAAACUGACAUGGAAAAAAAAGAAUUUUCUUCAUAUGUCACAUACAGUCAUCCAUAUACGACUGCAGAGGGCAUUAAGAAACAGAGUUAUAUUUGCCAUCGUUCAGGUUUUUAUGUGAAAAAGGGUAAGGAUAUGCGAUAUUUAAAAACCAAAGGAAGCAGAAAAAUUAAUGGAAUAUGUCCUUCUCGAUUGAAAGUUUGUAUUUUACCAGAAAAUGGCAAUGUUAAAAUUAAUUUUAUACAAACUCACAUUGGUCAUGACAAUGACUUGGGUCAUUUGAAUAUUACUAAAAAUGAAAAAAUAGAAAUAGCUAGUAAAAUUGCUUCGAAAAUUCCUCUUGUUUGCAUAUUAGAUGAGAUUAGAGAUUCUGUAACUAAUAAUAAGUUGGAAAGGAUGCAUAUCUUAACAAGAAAAGAUCUUCAUAAUAUAUCACAAACUUUUAAUUUAAAUUCUGAUGGAAUUCGCCAUAAAAAUGAAGUUAUAAGUAUUGAAUCCUGGAUUGAAGAAGCCAAGAAUAGUGGAAUAAUUUUAUAUUACAAGCCACAAGGGGCUUUAUGUAAUGAUUUUCCUUGUUUAAAAAAUGAAGAUUUUCUGUUAAUUGUUAUGCAUCCUGGUCAACUGGAAGUGUUAGACAAAUACUCAGAAGAUGUAAUUUGUAUCGACGGAACACAUGGACUUAAUGCUCAUGAUUUUGAACUUACUACAUUGUUAAUAUUGGAUGAUAUGAGGGAGGGAUUUCCUUGUUGUUUUAUGAUUGGAAAUCGGUCUGAUGAGGAAAUAAUGACUAUUUUUUUCAUGAAGAUAAAAGAAAAUUUAGGAAGAGUAAUCAAACCCAUGGUUUUCAUGUCAGACAUGGCCCAAUAUUACUAUAAUGCAUGGCUCCAAAUUAUGACUCCAGCUAAAUUCAGGCUAUUCUGUUCCUGGCACGUAGAUAAAGCGUGGCGGAAAAAUCUAAAUAAAAUUGAUGGUCAAGAGCAAAAGGUUAUCGUAUACAAACAGCUACGUACCUUAUUACAAGAGACCGAUGUUACUUCAUUUAGGGAUAUGAUACAAAAUUUUCAAAUUUCUCUUCUAUCUUCUGGUAAUACCCAAGAAUUUGGUCAAUAUUUUCAAAAAUGUUAUCUGCACAAUAUGGAAUCCUGGGCGUACUGUUAUCGCUUGCAUGCAGGAAUAAAUACAAAUAUGAGCAUAGAACGAAUGCAUCAAACGAUUAAAUAUUUGUAUUUAAAUGGAAGACAAGUACGAAGGCUGGAUAAAACUAUCAAUAUCUUGAUUAAAUUAAUUAAAGACAAAUUGUUUGAACGGCUUAUUACGUUGAAUAAAGGUAAAAUAUCCAGCAAAUUACGAGAGUUACGGAAAAGGCACAAAACAAGUCUUAAUUUAGAUAUGGACACCAUUGUCAUGUCUGAAAUGGGCUGGGAGAUACCAUCAAGUUCAACCAAUGAUAUCUAUUUAGUUCAGAAAAACAAACCCAGUUGUGACUGCCGAUUAGUCUGUGAUUUGUGCCAAUCCUGUCUACAUUCAUAUUCCUGUACAUGCUUGGAUAACAGUAUAAGAUGGAAUAUGUGCAAACACAUACAUCUUGUGUGUCAAUUUAUGAAAGGCCAUCAAAUUCAAGAUACUAAUGCAGAUGAAGAACAUAUAAUAAAUACAGAUGAGGUAAAAAUUAAACAAGCUACAGAGCAAGCUAAAUUUGUGGAAUUUGUGAGUAAGUCUUGUAAUAUUAAUCAAGAAAAAACGUCCAAACAACUGGAAGUUGAAAAACAGAAAUUGAUAGAAAUACAAACCCAAAUAAUUCAAAAUAUAACAACUUUUGAACAACUUGAGGCAUUUAAAAGUAUUACAGCACCCUUGGUGCCUACAUUAAGGACAUUAGCAGAACAUUCUGGAAAUGAAUUUAAUAUUGUGGCACUAUCUCAUGGAACACAAAACAUUCCACACAAUAAAAAAGUAGUUGCUCAAAAACGUUUAUUUUCCACCAAGAAAAAAACUACAGUCAAAAAAAAAGCUGUUAUCAAAACCUGAUGCUGAAGAAACAAAUUUGAUAGCAAAUCAAUUAAUGCUACAAGUAAAUAAUGUGCUCUUUAAUUAGAAUAAAAUCUUUAUUUGUAUACAUUAUUAAUUUGUUUGAUUUUCUCACCUAUUCUAAUUCAAUUUUUUUUAAUCCAUAUUGAAAAUAUUGUAGGCAUUAAUACUUUAAAAACAUUUACUAACGUACCUACUCUGAAAGCAAUUUAUGAUAUUAUGUCUCUUGUAACAUUAAUUCGUAAUUUCAUCAGCACCAAUAAUAUUUAUUAAUACAUAAUAUAAUAAUUUCAAAUUCACAAUAAAAAUAAAACAUAACCUUAUAAAUAAUAUUAUUGUUUGCAUUUUUAUUUGACAUUUCAAUCGAAUGACCUUGAGAAAGCCAAGGAGCAAAAAUAUUUUAUAAUUUCUAGACGCGAGUAGAAAACUCUUGGAUAAACAAGGUUGCAGAAGCUAUUAUAAGAAGACCUUAGGAUAGAAGAAGAUUUUUUGACCUUAAAUACAGUCGGAAAAAUGAAAC